UAUUGUGAUUUAUUUGCAGUUUUUCGCGCUUUUUUAGAGCAUAAUUUCGCUUUUUGAAGACGUCGAUGAGAGUGCGGAGCUGACGUUUGGAGUAUUUUGAGUUUCACGGGUAGUUUCAUUCGAUGGGUAAGUCACGGAAAGUGCAAAUCGUUGAUGCCGGCGAUGCGGUCGAAGAAGCUGUUCCUGCUGGAAUGGAGGUUGAAAUAGAGUUUGAAUCCGUUCCUCCAACACCUGAAGAUUUUCAUGGAUUGAAGACAAUACUCUCGUCCAAUUUUGGCCAGUUGAAGCUAGACCUGAGCUCUGUUGCCGAUGAGAUAAUAGAGCGAAGUAACCUCAGUCAAUGCGCAGGUGUCGGUUCUUUUGUCGUUAGUCUCGGGAAACACUGUCAGAGUGCUGGUGAGCCAUUGAAAAGUAUAUGGGAUCGUAAAAAUGAAUUGAAGGUUGGUUGGAUUAUCAAUGAAAGACUGGGUCUGCCACCUACAAUCGCCACUCCCUUGCUGGAAACAUUUUUGAAAGACUGGGAAAAUUUGAAAUCGCGAGAUCCUAAAUUGAAUUUUUCUCACUUCAUCAUGGUUUGUUCCGUGUUCCGCGUUGGAGGGGCGCAAGGAGAAGAUUUCUGGUGCAACGCAGAAGAAAUGUAUUUAGCGAAAGUUGCUGAAGCGUCUUUUGAUAUUCCGAAAGAGGACGACAGAAAUUUCAUUGCGCGGUCUUACAAAAUGAGUGAACGAAUCACGGCGUUUCCGAUGUCGGAAGACCACGCAACUGUGCUUCGAAAUUUAGAAAUGAUGAAAGUUGAAGGCCGGUGUCCGAUCUCCACACCCGCACGAGGGCGUGGGUUGCUUAUGGAUGUGAAUGUGGCCAAGGAUCGUGGGGCUGUGAGCGCCAAACGAGCAGAUUUGCAUUCAUUUGGUCCCAAAAAAGUCAUUAAGGUCGAUGAAGCGACGAAUUUUGAGUCGAGCACUCGUAAGAAAAUAGAAGCUGUGGAUGAAAGCUUUCCAGUUUUGAAGACGUCGCCUGAUUAUUUCGUUGACAUUCUUGGAUCUGACCUGACGAUCAAUGCAGAAAAAAUGGAAGUCAUGUCAAACUGGAUGUCACAUUGUCGCGUUCGUGAUGGAGGUGAUGAUUUUCAAUUCGAAACGUUUGACGUAAUGCUUCCGCCGGUUGAAGAAGCGAACAGGAUUGGUGAAAUCAGGCAAUCUCCUGAACUUCAGAAACGGCAAGGACGUGACUGGAAGGUCCUGCGUGCCUCCAAUGGUUAUUGGAUCCUUGGUGGUAGUUGUGUGAAGAAUGUUGGAGAGAGUUUUAGGAACACAUUCACAAUUGAUUUUCAAGACUACUUCAUCGAGAAAGUUUCUGUUCGCGACUUCAAGCUUUUGGCUUUCAAUACCCACCGGAAUUGUGCCGUCGUUGGCCUGUCGAUUGGUUCAAAAAAAGGCGUUAUAGUCAUUAUUGAGUUGCUGCAAGCAUCUUGGUGUGUUCGAGCUUGGGUUGAAGUUCCAUUCUUGGUACUUUGCCUCGAGUAUUUUAGGGAGAAUCCUGCCAUUACUGAACUUGGUGAAUCUUCUCAAGAAACCACAACAAAGCGUCAACGUCGAGAAGAAUCUGAAGGAUACCUCGUGAUUGGUUCCGAGGGCGGCAGGUUUUACUUGAUGAAUACAAUAAUGUCUGGCGAAAGAAUGAGCAUUGAACGUGUCGAACGGACUAGAUUGCAUCGCAUCCUUGAUGUUCGUUCUUUGCCCAAGGAUGAGAGUGCAUUGAGUCAUAUCACUUCUGCGUCUGUUCCUUCAGCCAUUGCGUUUAAUGAGGAGAACAGUGACGGGAGCGUGUUCGAAGUAUUUGGACCAAAUGAGUCUUUCAUUGAAUCAGUUCUUUACUGCGAAAGUGAAAUAACUGGUCUUCGCUGUUUCCCCACGAUUCGCUCAAUUGCUGUUGGGUACAGAUAUGGUGGUUUCGAACUGUGGAAUAUGGAUACGCUUCAACUUGAGUACGCGUCUGCGUCCGAGUCGGUGAAUGGAGUGGAGAAGCUUGAUAUAGAUUCGCCAGUGAUUGGAUUUGAGCUUCUUGAACCAGAAAAUGACCCAGAAAACACUGCCUGUCUAUUCGUGUUGCGUUCAGAACAUCAACUACUUUCCUACGGGGAAGUCAGUCUGGGAGAAUCUGCUUGGGUCACAGCGUUUCUCAUCAAGUUUGCGAAGAUUAUUCCUGUUGAUGGCGCCACGUCAUAUCAGGGAAUGAAGCAACCUCAUCACAUGCUUGACAUUGAUCUUCUGGAGAAAAUUAGUCUUUUACCGAAAUCCCAGUUUUGUAGCCGAAUCGUGAGCCACCAUUCACUCAAUCUGGCACAACAAAAGAACAAUGGUUUGUUGUUAGUUUCGUUUGAAUCGUGGGCAAGAGGUGAUGAACCAAUCACUGCAUUCAGUGCACCUGCAUCCAGAGAAGUCCAUAGUUUUGUCUUCGGCGUCGAUCAAUGGUACGAGAAGCAACUGACGAAUAUUAUUCAGGACGUGGAUUUUGACCAUCCAACUGCGUGUCACUUCAUUCGAUCUUUAGAUCUUACGCAAAUAUGUCCUGAUAUUGCGGGUGAUAAUUCAACAUUGUUGGCGGUAUUUCCACAUCCAUACAAGAGUUGGAAGCGAUACGAAGUUGAUUUUCCAAACGAAGGCUACAAUGCAGUUUCUGGCAUCGAUAUCAUGCUAGAAGUUUUCCAUGGAACGUGUGUCUCGUCAGUGCGUGUUCCGGCUUUCCAAUGGGCAACAUGGCACCUUGUUGAAAGUUCAUCAAAACGAGACGUGCUGUCGAAUCCCUUCUCGUUUCUAUCCAUUUUGAACUCUGCUGGAAUGGUUCCCCCAACUGAACAAGAAUGUGUCAGGCGUCCCCCGUCAAACGAGUCGGAGGCAAAUAAGCAACGCCUGCUUAUCAUGUACGCAGGUUUUGAAAAUCAAGGAGAAGACUGGUUGAAGCAAGUGUGCUAUUACAUUUGGGGAACAGAAGAGAAUGACAAACUAGGGGAGUGGCCAGUGCGGCCAGCCCUGGCCCAUACUUUCCUCAAUGGGUCAUUCGCCACUUGCGCCCAUGUUUUGCGCAACAUUUGCCGCGAUUUGUACUUCCCGGUUGGAAACCCUGCCGCGUUUGAUCAGAAAAAUUUAGUCGUGUUGGCAUUCUGUCUCCGGGUGUUGGAAGUGGUUCGAGAUAGUGCGAGAACAAUUGCGAAGCUUGAAUAUGAGAACAUUCGAGUUUUCAUGGACUACAAGUGGGAGAACGAAGCUUAUCAAUUCAGCAAAAUGCGAGACGAGGACUUCAACGCGCGAAUUGACGAGAUAUUUCCUUUGGACAAGACUGUUGAAAGCUGUGCUGUUGAUUUUGAUGGGCUCUCUGGCUGGCUUGGACUUUACAAUUCGGCGAGGAUGAUGUUGAAGCAUACUGCACUUCUGCAUUGCCUUUUGAAGCAUGGUGUUCUGCCUGAGAAAUGCUCAGAUUCUGUGGUUCCUGUUGGUAUUGAUGGCAUUGAAGUGCCAUUUCAGACGCUGCAGUCUCUGAAUGCCAAGUUGAGGUCAAUGAAACCGGAUUGCACACGUCUGAUCAUCGACGGACUAACUGAGUUGCUGCCUGAAGAAUGUCAGAAGAUCUGGAGAGAUGCGCACAAAGAUGCAAAAGUUCAUGGUGAACGAAGUUAUUUGUAUCCACCGACGCGUGUGAUACCGUUAUUGGAGAUUUAUCGUUGCAAUACGGCUGGUUUCGAAGUUAUGGAUGCCAUUUUGUAUUAUUUCGUUUUGGACUGUGAAAAUGCUGCGCCGCAGCAUGAAAAACGGAAGUGGUCUAGUAUACGCCAAGAUCUUUUGGUCAUCUUGGAUACGAAAGUUACUGCGAGUGUUUCUAGUUACCACGCUUUGGACCACGUUGUUGGUCAUGGUGUUCCGGGGUCCGCGUUCUUCCGCAAUCACGGUGACAUAACCAUGUCGCAGCUGAUUCCGGUGAAUGUGGAAAACCUCUCCAUGAUUUGUGAGGCAUCUGGGAAACCGGUGGAAGUGUUAUUGAACACUGUUCUCCGGAGUUUAGUGCUUUUCCCGGAAGCUUUAGUUGAAAUCGCUGAGCAGGCUCAAAAAUGGUUCACAAAGCUUUGGCAACUCGAGUUGGUAUUUCAUGCCUUGUUGAAAAACCGGAUGAACGACGUUGCUGUGAAUCUUUUGUACUCCAACGUCGUUCGAAGAUUUUCGAUUGACAUCCAGCGUCGUCUUCAUCGCCUCGUGUUUGAUGCAAUUUAUGAUGCCGAGGGGCUUCAAGGAAUCUUGAGGGUCAAUUUCUGGCUGUACGACAUUAAAGAACUUCGGUCGUGGGCAUCAACGCGAAAUUCCUUUUGGAAACUGUUUUCAAAAUGCAAACCGAGAGAGCAGCUUGAAAAGCGUUUUCGAAAAAUAGGAGCCCCGCCGGAUAAAGAAUCCACAGAGAAAUCCUUAUCGUCCAAGGCUUCCCGUGGUUUUCCUGACAUAUUCUUGCUUCGCCCCACCUUCGAAGACUUCAGAAAACAUGGCUGUUCAAUUGUGCGGCGUGUUGGCAAGAUCAAUCCGUACAUCGCGCUUUUUGCGAGGGUCAAUUCAAGUUAUCCAUUAGCUUUGAAACCACAUUUUGAACCCAUUCUUGUUGACCGGACCUUCACCGAAAAAGCUCUGAACGGUGUUUUGCCCGUUCCUCCUGGAAUAUUGAAAUCCUGCAUUUCAUCAAAGCGAGACGGAUCUCGUCGUAUUCGCUGGGAUUCAGAAAGGCAGCCCGAAGAUAGCCCUGUGGAGCGCUCGUUCCCUCACAUUGAGGAAAGAAACAGGAUGACGAUCUCAUCCGGUGUAAGUAACGAGUCUCUGGAUACCAUCAGCAUGACCGCGACUGAGCAUUCAGAUGAAGACAUGGAGGAAGAUGAAUCAGAAGUAUCAGGAUCGAAGCAAUCUAUUCCUGCCUUUGAAGAGGAUCACGUCUUUUCCUUCGACAAUCCCAUCAACGUCGUGAUUUGUUGUUCGUUGGAGGAAGACUUCGUUGUAGUGCAAGAACCUAGCAGUGAAGAUUCGUUGAAAAUCGAUAUUGCUGACCCCGAUGCAUCGCCUGCAUAUCCGGUGUCGCAGAAUAUCAACGAAGUUUCCGGAGGCGAAGUAGAUGUUGAUCCUGUCUUGGACUCGUCGGAAGCACCGUUUGACGACGCUUCGCUGGAAAUCGUAACGAAGCAGAAAGAGAGCGAGUUGGAUGAAGCCAGUGUUCUAAGUUUGGCCGGAUCGUCGGAAGAUGAGUGCGAUCAAGAUGAAACUGAAGAGCAUGAAGAUCUGUACAGCAGCAUGAUCGAAGGUGUCGGAGGUUAUCCAAUGGGAGGCGUUGAAAUCAGUCUGGACUCGAACCUUGUCGGAAUCGAUACAAAUCGACGCAUGGGAAACACAAUGAUAUCUGAUCUGUCAGAAGAGUUUUUUGUUGAUCAGCCGAACAUAUAUGACGAUAUGAUUCCACCACCAUCAGCCGUAGAUUCCGACGACGGCGGAAUCCAGCUGAGUCCGCUUAACCUAAUCCCGGAAGAAACUGAUUUCCAGUCGGAAGAUAAAGAAUUCCACGAGGAACAGGAAGAUGAAUCUGUUUCGAACGCAAGCUCCGGUGGUAGCGAAGUCGGCACGGAACAAGAAUGUGUGGCUGAAGACUCCAACAACAAUCAAAACGCGGAUGAUUCUUCAAACUUGAACUUUGACCUGGAAGGCUCCGUGGAUGAUAACAAUUCUGAUACAGAAAAUCACGAAAUGAACUCGAAAAACGCGGACGAGUCGUGGAGUUCACCGUCUAGAGAUGCUGACGAGAAAUCAAACUCGCCGGUCGUUCAAGAAGAAAACGCGACUUUGGACGAAUCCGUCAUUGAAAUUCUUUCAUCCGAUGAAGGCGAAACGAGUAGUUCUCAUGAAUCAGGGAAGGAUUCUCGUGAUCCGAAUAAGGACUCGUCCGUCAGCAAUAAAACAAGCGACGAUGAUGUUGAAGAAGUCGAAAAUUCCAGCGCGAGUGAUUCGAAUACCGGGGAAGACGGUCCUUCUUCAGCUGAGGAUGAAGAAUGCGUUGAAGAAGAGGCCUCGUUUGUUUCCGUUCCGGAAAGAGAACAUAAUUCCUCUGCUGAAAAACACGACCUACGGUUUUCUGCUGAUUCAUACGAUUCAGUUUCUGAAGAAUCCGAUGACGUUUGUACAGCUGAAAACAACAACGAAAUCGACGAAGUUUCUGAAAUAUCGAACAAAGACCGUGAGGAUCUUGCUGAGUCGCAGGUUAAAUCUCCGUCUCCUGCUCACGAAAAAAUGAAUGGCAAGAGUACGGAUUCCUCGCCAAACGGAGUUGAGCUGAGGAAGAACGUUGAUCGUGUGACGGAAACUGAAGUUACGGUUGAUGACCAUCCAGAGAAAAUGCAAGUAAAUGGUGUCCGAAGGCGUUCCGUUGAGAAAGAACCAUCUGCGGGAUCAGAGGUUACAGAGGAUGAAAAUUCACGUGAUUCCUCUUCGCGGAAAAGGUCGACUUCGCGUUUUGAAACUCCAUCGCCAACAUCGAAAAGGAAGAAGCGAUUGUCACUCGCUGAUUCAGAGAUCAUUGCGCAAGGGGAAGAUCUUCCGGAUGGACCCAUUGGCUCAAGAACUCGAAGUGCUAUAAGAAGAUUACACGGAGAUGCCCUUGCCCAUGCCGCUCAGGACGAGACGGAUGUCGACGUCUUCGGAUUGCACAGGGUUCCAGACUGCGGAGAAGGUUACAAGAAAGCGUCGUCCAUCCGCAGUCGAUGUAUCUACAGCCCCCGUGAGAAGAUCAUCAGGUCUGCUCAAGUGAUGCCUCAAUAUCCAUCAAACGCCCGAUGGGGAGUUCCCAACCAGCAGCUUCCUCAACCGGUUCAUCCAGGACACGGAGGACCUCCUCCUCCUCCCAAUACUGCGAUGGGCCCCCCACCACCGAUGUCGUCUUACCCAAAUCCAGGCUAUCAGCAGUUCGCAAAUGCUCCUCGACCAAUGCAGCCAGGAAUGUCGGGGCCAGCAGCUCCUCCGCCGCAGCAUAGUAUGGGCUUGGACGCUGCAACCAACAUGAUGGGGUCGCUUUCUGUGAAUACGUAUCCUCAACCGAGAAUGGACAUGCAAAGCCACGUCAAUGGUUAUUCACAGCCUUUGCCGCCUUCUGGGAUUUCGCCUAACAUUGACUCGUAUCAGUCCAGAGUAGGUGGCGGGAUGCCACCGCCGCCGAUGGAUCCUUCCCAACAGUAUCAAACUCGUCCAGAUUAUGCGAAUGGACCUCCCGGCCUUGCCCAACCGAUGCCGAAUGUUCAGCAAGGAUAUAUGCCGCCCAAUUAUGGUUUGGCCCCACAGCCGCAACCCCAGAGGAAAUUAGAUCCUGAUCAAAUGCCCAAUCCAAUAGAAGUUAUGGAAGAGGAUAAGAGCAAGAGAAGUGGUCCUUUUGUUACAGGAAACCGAGGUCAAGUUCCCCCGUUAGUUACUACUGCGUUUACCGUGAUGGACCAAGGCCAUGCUUCUCCGAGGUUCAUUCGUUCAACGCUUUAUGCCAUUCCCGCUACCCCGGAUCUUCAAAAGCAGACGAGUGUCCCGAUCGCAGUGCAUAUAUCUCCAUUCGCCGCAUUAGCAGAAGGAGAAGUAGAACCGCCGAUGUCUGAUCUCGGUGGCUUACCCCCGCCUCGCUGUAAUCGUUGCAAAGCCUAUAUGUGUCCUUUCAUGCAAUUCAUCGAUGGUGGGCGACGCUUCUCUUGCCCGUUUUGCAAGGCUACGACAGAAGUUCCCACGGAAUACUUCCAGCAUUUGGAUCACAGUGGCCAAAGGCUGGACAAAUACCAGCGUCCCGAACUUUGCUUAGGCGCGUAUGAAUUCACGGCAACUGUUGAAUACUGCAAAAAUAAUGAGGCACCGAAACCUCCUGCUUUCAUCUUCGUGAUCGAUGUGAGCUACAACAACGUGCGAUCCGGCCUUGUUCCCCUUUUGUGCAGUAAAUUGAAAGAAUUGCUGGAUGAAUUCCGCAAGAAAGGAACAACCGAAGACGGUUCUGCUUUUCCUCGAGUUGGAUUCAUUACGUACAAUCAUGUUGUACAUUUCUACAAUUGCAAAGAGUCAAUCGCUGCUCCUCAAAUGAUGGUUGUGGGUGAUGUUGCUGAUAUGUUUAUGCCGUUGUUGGAUGGUUUCCUCGUUGAUAUUGAAGCAAGCGCGCAUUCCAUCGAUAUGCUGUUGGAUCAAAUUCCUGUAAUGUUCGGCGAAACAAGGGAGACCGAAACCUUGAUAGGUCCUGCUAUUCAAGCCGGAAUGCAAGCACUAGUGGCUCACAACUGCGCCGGGAAGCUGUUCGUGUUUCAUUCGUCACUUCCUAUUGCCGAAGCACCUGGAAAGCUCAAAAAUCGCGAUGACAGGAAGCUUCUCGGAUCUGACAAUGAAAAGAAAAUUCUCACUCCGCAAACAACUUUCUACAACAAUCUGGGACAGGAAUGUGUCGCUGCAGGCUGUAGCGUCGAUCUGUUCCUCUUCAAUAAUGCCUAUGUAGAUGUGGCAACCUUGGGACAAAUUGCACGACUGACCGGCGGGCAAGUGAACAAGUACACGUACUUCCAAGCGGAUCUGGACGGCGAACGAGUCAUUUGGGAUCUGAGAAGGGCGCUGAACCGCAAGAUCGCGUUUGACUGCGUCAUGCGAGUCAGGACUUCAACUGGAAUUCGGCCCGUGGAUUUCUUCGGAAACUAUUUCAUGGCGAAUACUACGGAUGUCGAACUUGCUGCUGUAGAUUCUGACAAGUCGAUUUGUGUGGAGCUGAAGCACGAUGACAAAUUGACGGACGAAGAGGUCGUAUACCUUCAAGCGGCCGUGCUGUUCACUUCGAUUGGUGGCCAGCGGAAACUGCGAAUAAUCAAUCAGAGCUAUGCGGUCGGCACGCAGAUGGCGGACGUUUACCGAGCGGCGGAACUGGAUGCUAUCAUGAGUUACCUCGCCAAGUCCUCCAUUAGCCGUGUGUGUGAAUCCUCCCCGAAACAGUCUCGCGAGAAGCUGUUUGCUCGUUGUGCGCAGAUCCUCGCCUGCUACCGCAAAAAUGUUGCUUCGCCGACGUCUCCCGGUCAACUCAUCUUGCCGGAGCAAAUGAAAUUACUGCCUUUGUACAUCAAUUGUCUAUCGAGGAGCGAUGCUUUGACCGGUGGACCAGAUUUGCUGACGGAUGACCGAGCGUAUUUCAUGCAAUGCGUACAGAGCAUGGACGUUCUCGCCUUGUCCGUAUUUUUGUACCCGAGGCUGUAUCCCGUGCAUGAGCUCUUGAUGAUGGGAGAGUUUGAUUUGAAUGCGCCGUUGCCAAUGCCCAUGCGGUGCUCCAGAGACAAGAUGGCCCCGAAUGGAUUGUAUCUCAUUGUGAAUGGGAUCUACAUGCUGAUGUGGAUUGGGAAUGAGUUGAGUCCGGAGGUGAUAAUGGAUGUGUUCGGAGUGAACUCAGUCGCCCAAAUCGAUACGGAAAGGUCCUUGUUGAUUCGUCGAGAAAAUGAGCGAUCGAUUGCUCUAUGCCACAUAGUAGACACGAUACAAGAGCGAAGUCCUCGUAGCAUGAGGCUACGGAUGGUUCGCCAUAAUGACAAAAUGGAACGAGUUUUCAUGAACUUCCUUGUGGAGGACCGAGGCUUGGCAGGAGCGGCUUCCUAUGUGGAUUUUUUGUGCCACAUCCACAAGGAAAUCCGCGUAGUUGCUAUAAGAAUCCAUUCCAUUCAUCCGACGACGACGAUGACGACGGGAUUGAAGACGACACUGAUUACGGCUACAGGGAUCCGUGCAGGAGAAAUCCGCGAAAAGAUUAUUGGGACUGAUGAAGUUCGGAGACUCAGCUUAGUUUUAGAGUCUCGAGACAUUUUGGUGAGCCAUCUGCGUCAGACUUUAGAAGAAAGGGAUGAUAUGGCUGACCAGAUGCCCUGUGAUUCCAAGGUGUCCUUAACCGGCAGCCGGGACGCCAUUUUGGACAGCACGUCGAUCGAAGGCGCUGAAGUGCUGGCGUGUCUUUACGCUUACGAGUUUCGAGAUCGUUCCCGCGGUCUUCAAACUGAUUUUACGCAAGAUUUUGCUGCCGAUGAGAUGCAAGACGCGUCCCAAUACCAGACGAACGGCAGUAAAGCCGAUUCGCAAGACGAUGCAAUGGAGGGUAGCGGUGAUUCUAAUCCAGCCCGUGAAGAUGAAAGGAAGCUCUUCAUUGGUGGCCUGAGCUGGGAAACCACGGACCAUGAUCUGAAGGAGUAUUUUUCGAAGUACGGCGAAAUAGAAAGUGUGAAUGUCAAAACAGAUCCAAAUACCGGACGUUCACGAGGAUUCGCUUUCAUCAUUUUCAAGACCGUGGAGCCUGUUGAAAAAGUUUUGUCAACGGCUGAACACACCAUUGGCAAGAAGCGUGUUGAAGCGAAGAGAGCAAAAGCUAGACAAGGAAAGAUAUUUGUUGGCGGAUUACCACCGGAAGUGCCAGAAGAAGACAUUCGCGAAUUUUUUGGGAAGUAUGGAAAGGUGGUAGAAGUUGAAAUGCCGUUUGACAAAGUGAAAAAUCAACGGAAAGGCUUUUGCUUCAUCACGUAUGACUCCGAAGAGAUUGUGAAAGAGAUCCUGAAAAACCCCAAACAGACAAUUGGCGGGAAGGAAGUGGACGUGAAGAAAGCCACUCCAAGAGCAGACCCGAUGGGAUUCUCACGGGGCGGUCCUCAGGCUGGAAUGCGAGGACGCGGAGGACCCCCUCGUGGUGCCCGUGGGGGACGAGGUGGCUGGGGUGGUCAGUUUUGGGGCGGCGAUUACGAUAAUUAUUCAGGCGGAUACGAUUGUUCAGGAAUGGAGGACGAGCUGCCGUAUCGCGCGGAGUACGCGAAAAGCGGAAGGGCGUCAUGUAAGAAGUGUAAUACGAAAAUUGAUAAAGAUGACCUGCGGCUUGCUGUCAUGGCCAGGUCUGCACGGUUUGAUGGGAUGCAAGCGCAUUGGUUCCAUAUGGACUGCUUCUUCCCUCGAAAAGCUGGCAUGAAAACUGAGGAGAUCGCCCAUUUUGAGCAGCUUCGCUGGGAGGACCAGGAACGGAUUCGGAAAAGAUUGGAAGCCGGGGGAGAUGCCCCCUCGAGUGCGAAGGGUAAGAAAGGCAAAGGAAAAGCUGCGGCAGGAGGACUGAACGACUUCUGCGUGGAAUAUGCGAAGUCAGGUCGUGCCAAAUGUGUGGCUUGUACCGAACCUUUGGCCAAGGAUGAAGUUCGAUUGGGCAAAAAAGAUUACGAUUCCGAAACUGCCCUCAGGUUUGGCCCGACUUUCAGAUGGUACCAUAUUUUAUGCUUCAAAGCAAAUCGCGAGGAGCUGGGUUAUACCGAAGCUGCGGAUAAGCUUCCAGGAUUCAAAACUCUGAAAGCUGAAGAUCGUGACAAUCUGAAAACCCAACUACCUCAGAUGAAAGCUCAGAAAAGGAAAGCCGAGGAUAGUGGCGAUGUCCCUGAUGCGCCCGCAUCAAAAACAAGCAAGAACGAAGCUUCUGAAAAAUUGGAGCAUGUGAAAAAGAAGCAGAACAAACUGCUCUUUCAGUGUCGUGACAACCUGGAAAAGUUAUCCAAGAACCAGCUCACGAUGCUGUUUGAGUACAAUCAUUUGAGUGUUCCAAGUGGUGUACAAACUAUGCUAGACAUCUUGGCCGACCAUUUGGCGUUCGGAGUUCCAGAGAAUUGUCCAUUUUGUUCAAACGGGCAGUUGGUGUUCAGAAGUGGCAUUGGCUAUUCAUGUAAAGGCCAUUUGAGCGAAUGGAGCAAGUGCAGCGGAACUUUUGACGAUCCCUCGAAGCAACCAAUGAAAAUCCCUGAAGAGCUGAAGAACGUCAAUAGCUUCUUGGCGACUUUCAAACCCAAGGUCAGAACGAGGGCGUUCACAAAGGCCACAGAAUUGUCAGCAAGUAGUCAUCAAAAUGGCAAUUCUCAAAGCGAACUUUUCAAUCCACGAAAACCUUUGAUUAACUGGAAAGUACUUAUGGUUGGAAAGUUUCCUGACAAGAAGGAGACUAAGAAUACCGUCGUUGGCAUGGGAGCCGAAAUAACUUCAAAACUGGACACCGCGGUUACUGUUCUCAUAUCCACGAAGGAUUAUUUUGACAAAACGGGCUCGAAGAUAAAGGAAGCAGAGUCGAAGGGCGUCCCAGUUCUCAAUGAAACGUUCAUUGCUGCAUGUCAAGAAAAAUUACUGCCACCGUUAGAAUUCUACAAAGAGCAUCUGCUAUCGACUUGGGACGCCGAUUUACAAGCUCGCAUCAGCGCGGUCGAACCGGCAUUGAAGAGUGGAUCAAUUAAAAAGUCGUCCUCCAAAUAUGUGAAGAGCGAGAAGACGCAAAAGCUGAAGCUGAAAGGAGGAGCAGCUGUUGAUCCCGACUCGAAGCUUGACCACAAGGCCCAUGUUUACCGUUCUGGGAAUGACUUAUACUCCGCCGUAUUGGGAAAAACGGAUAUUUCCACUGGACAAAAUUCAUUCUACAAGCUGCAAUUGCUAGAAGCUGAUUCCGGUCACCAUUACUGGGUUUUUCGGGCUUGGGGUCGCAUCGGGACAACUAUCGGAGGAAACAAAGUGGAUGACUUCGGAUCUUCCCUGGAUGAUGCUUUGGAACUCUUCACGAUGCAUUACGAAGAGAAAAGCGGAAAUUCGUGGAGAAACCACAAAGCAUUCCAGAAGGUUCCCGGAAAAAUGGCUCCAUUAGAAAUGCACGAUGGCGACGAUGUGGAUGCUCCGGCUCUACCGACGACACAUUCCACCACAUUGAAGCAAGAGGUAGAGAAUCUGAUUCGACUUAUAUUUGACGUCAAGAAAAUGCGGGAAGCUAUGCUGGAAUUUGAGCUGGAUCUCCAAAAGAUGCCACUCGGGAAAUUGAGCAAGAAUCAAAUUAAAAAUGCGUAUGCGGUUCUUUCAAAUGCGCUCUUAGUUCUAGCUCUCCCUGAUUCGGAUAGCACGAGGAAAGCGAAGAUAGUCGAUUGCUCCAAUCGGUUCUAUACGAUGAUUCCGCACGACUUCGGGGUGGAUAAUCCUCCUCCGUUGGAUUCUGAAGCUAUCAUACAGGCUAAGACCGAAAUGCUGGAUAAUUUGCUGGAAAUCGAAAUCGCCUAUCAAAUGGUAUCGAACGCCGAGAAUACUGUUGACGAUUAUUACAAGCAGCUUCAAACGGACCUUAAAGUUGUGGAUGAAACCGAUGAAAUCUACAAAACGAUUUGCAAAUACGUAGAUCAAACCCACGCUGCCACACACGCAACUUACAAGCUUAAGGUGAAGAGCAUCUUCUCGAUUUCUCGUCAAGGCGAAGCGAAGCGUUUCAAGCCAUUCAAGGAUCUCCACAACAGGCAGCUCUUGUGGCACGGAUCGCGAUUGACCAACUACGCCGGCAUUCUGAAGCAAGGCUUAAGAAUCGCACCCCCGGAAGCUCCAGUGACGGGUUACAUGUUUGGCAAGGGUAUCUACUUCGCAGACAUGGUGUCCAAGUCUGCCAAUUACUGCUUCUCGACGCGUAAAAAUCCGACUGGGUUGCUGCUGUUGUCUGAAGUGGCGUUGGGAGACAUGCACGAGCUGAAAAAUGCGAAAGACAUAGUUCGACCACCCAAGGGAAAGCACAGUGUGAAAGGCAUUGGAGGCACUGCUCCAGAUCCCAAGGAAAACGUGGUUCUGAAAGACGGAGUGGUGGUUCCGCUGGGGAAACCCAAGGAGAUGAAAGCUGCUCAAUCGUCUCUUCUUUACAACGAAUUCAUUGUUUAUGACGUGGCCCAGGUCCAAAUUCGUUACCUGGUUCAAACGGAAUUUGUUUACACGUAACUUUAAGAUCAAAUGACCACGUUUACAGACGGGCCUCUGGCGUGUCUGACUUUUGUGGCCCGAAAAAAGAAAUGCUGGUGAGAGACAAUGCCGAGAGAAAACGCCGCAGUCCGUAGAAAUAAUUGUUUGGUCCCUUUUAAGGCUCUAGAUGGAUUAGCUGUUUCAAAUUAAGUCCCACAAGUACUGUUUACGGGUAGACGCAUCCUCUGUUCAGUGUUACAGUAUUAUGCUAUAUUUGUUUACCUUGUUCUGCUUUAGAAUUUUUGAAGUGAUUAUUGCCAUUAUUUUUCUGUAACUUCUCAUUUUAAUUCUCGCUUUUGGACUAUUUGCUCAGACUGCAUUUCUUCUAUGUUCGUAAUUUUCUUCGAAGUUUUUUCUGCUGUGUGACGUUUACUUCGUGCAAGGUGGUUUUUCUUACUAGCAUUGUCUCCACCUGCGUUUUCUCCAUGUUGGCAAUGUCUCGCGGAGCUCUAAAAUUGUAACGUUGGAGCUGUUUUUCCGGGUUGUAAUGAAUAAGUUCUUCAUAACGCUUGCACGGGAGUGCGUGUUGGAAUCUCUCGUUCAUCAAGUGCGUCAAUAAUGCGGGUUUUGUCAAUAAUUGUUUGCCGCAGGCCGAUUCUUUUUCUCGCGGUUUUAACGUGAUCCAGAUCAAUUGAUUUUCACAUUUUUGAAGAAUAAAACGAGUUCGAAAUGAUUGAAA